AUGACUCGAUCCGCUGAAGCUCUGCAACGGCGGGCUCUGAAACGCAAUCGAAACGUGGACGAGCAGCAAAAAGCAGAUUCCCAAAAGCAGCCUCGGUCGUCAUCGUCCAAUGGAAGACAACGAUCUCCUGCCGAUGGAUCCAAGGAUCACGAGACUGCUCACCGCCGACCCAUCAAGAAACAACGCCAUGAUCCUGAAACGAGCAAAGCCGUCGCAUGGUCCAAACCACAAGCCAGCGAGCAACAGAUUCUGGACAACCAGACUCUGCGACAACGAUAUCUGGCCAAAGAUCUCACUCUGACAAAUGCCGAAAUGGAACGAGCGCGGAUCUUGGUGGCCCGGGAUGAACGGAAACGAAAGGCAAAAUCCAGACAACAACAACAAGACGAAAAGACAACGAAAGAAACAAGUCCAACAAAAGUAGUGGAAGAACCCAUGACAUCAACGACUACUGACAGUAAGCAACAACAAAAGGCAAACAAGUCACUCCUCAAACGGUACAAGAAAACCAAUGGCGAGGGAAUGACACCAGCCCAAGUCACGAGAGUCGAGCAACUGCUGGAACGAAAGCUGCGAAAAUUGUCCAAACGAACCACAGAACAGGCUUCUUCUACAGUUGAAAAGGAGAAGCAGGAUACGGAUGAAACAAACGAGAGCCAACAGGACGCCUUGGUAACAACCAAUUCUAGCAAAGUGCCAAACGAGUUGUCAACAACAAAAGUUGAUGACAAAGAUUCAACCGAUUCUAGCAAGGAGACAAACGAGUUGUCAACAACAACGAAAGUUGACGACAAAGAUUCUGGCAAAGCUCUCAACAAGUCAAUGAAUAAGAAGAAGAAGAAAGACAAGAGACAGCCGGAUAGCGAGAAUGACAACCAGCAAGUGACAUCAACUGUGGAUGGGACCAUGAAGGACGAUGGCGACAACAACAAUGCACAACUAACUGAGCAGCCAACAACAACCAGCCAUGAUGACACAGAGGAGCGCAAACAUAAAAAGAAAGACAAAAAGUCCAAGAAGGACAAGAAGAAAAGUAAAGACAAAAAAUCAAAGAAGAAAGAUGGCGAGAGCAACAAAGAAACCAACGGCAAGAAAGACGCGGAAGAGCACGGCAGCAAAGCCCCUGCUCAAGACACAGAAGGAGACAAGGACAAGCAAGUCAUGAACUUGGAGCCAAUAUUAGGAGAACCAUCCAGCGAGAAGAAAUCUACAAAGAAGGAAAACAAAGACAAGAAGAGGAGGAAGAAAGAAAAACGGCAGAAGGAACAAGUGACAGAUAACCAAUAA